CUCUGCUGUCGUGUAUUUACCAUCUAACAACGCUGGGAUUCAAUGAACAGCAUCUCCACUGUGCUGUCAGUUCGUGUGGACGCCGAUCGUGACAACAAACAGCAGUUGGACUGAUGCUGUUCUUCCAACAUCUGGACUAAACCGAAAGCGACUCUUCCACCGGUCAGACUCUGUUGCUGCCAUGUCCAGGCGAAGCAGGAACAGUCGUGCGUGGCGAUACGGAUACGUCUGGGGCGGGAUACGGCGGGAUGCUGAUGCCCGGGCCCUCGUGUUGGCCUCUGAAAGUGAAGAGUGGGGCUAUGACCGCCUAGAGUACAGUGAUUCAGACUCCGAGGCGGACUUCUCAGCUGUGAUGGUCCCUCCGGUCCCCAGCGCAGUGCCUGUCACCGGAGAGUCCUACUGUGGCUGCGACUCCCAGGCAGAGACCAGCUACAACCCUCGUCUGCGAGGUUUUCACCAAGUUAAAGACUGCCACUGUGGAGAAGAUGACCAAGAGUUUGACUGGGUUUGGGACGCCAACAGCCGAUCGACUGCAACGUUGCUGAGCUGUGACAAUCGCAAAGUAAACUUCCACUCUGAAUACAGCUGUGGCACAGCAGCGAUCCGUGGCUCCAAGGAACUGGCUGAAGGUCAGCACUUCUGGGAAAUCAAGAUGACGUCCCCAGUUUAUGGAACAGACAUGAUGGUUGGUAUUGGUACAUCUGAUGUCAAUCUAGACAAAUACAGACACACGUUCUGCAGCCUGCUGGGAAAAGAUGCAGACAGCUGGGGUCUUUCUUACACUGGGUUGUUGCAUCAUAAAGGCGACAAGAUGAACUUCUCUUCCCGCUUCGGACAAGGAUCCAUCAUUGGAGUUCAUCUGGACACGUGGCACGGCACACUUACAUUCUUCAAGAACCGAAAGUGUAUAGGUGUUGCAGCCACAGAGCUACAAAAUAAGAGGUUUUAUCCGAUGGCAUGCUCCACUGCAGCGAAGAGCAGCAUGAAGGUAAUCAGAUCCUGCUCUGCUCCCACCUCCCUGCUCUACCUUUGCUGUGCUCGUCUUCGCCAGCUGCUGCCAGACAGUAUGGACACCCUGGAUGUGUUGCCUCUGCCGCCGGGCCUUCGUCAGUUGCUCCACAACAAACUGGGCUGGGUGCUCAGUCUUAACAGUGGCACCACAGAAGAAACCCCAGAUGGGCCUGAGGGGUCCUCGCGUUUGCCCGUCCCCCCCUUGGCUGGACCUUCCUCCUCUGAGAGUGACUCGGAGGGUUGUACGUCUGACCCCGAAGCCUGUCAGAGGAAGAGAUGCCGCUGGACGUGACUGGACAGCUGAGAUCGUACCCCCUCGUAAACACUGGCAGACGUUACUGUCCUCUGGCAUCUAAUCUAGUGUUACCUACCUGCCUCAAGCUUUCUUCAUCAUCAGUGUUACCAGUAGUGAAGAAAAGAACCGGGAUCGGUUGAGCAGAGGGAGCGGUGCAUCGGUGGAAAACUGUGACGGCGGUAAUUCUUCCUGCCUGCACAUUUUUACUGUGAUUUUUCUCUCAUGCCAUUCUGACAUCUUCAUGUUUAGCACACAUUCAGUAUCCAAACUUAGCUUCAGUAAUAAGUGAGAAUAUAUGAUGUUAUUUUGUUAGCUAACAUAACUUGUUACCAUUCAUGUCUGGGGAGUGGUGAUGUACAGGAAUGGUCUGUACAGUGCAACACUGAAGGCAAGUAUGGCCAGAUUUUGGUGGUCAUUGUGGUAUAUUUGCAAACAAGGGGACAAGGGGGUUUAAAAAAAAAAAAAAAAAAGACUGUAUAAAUAUUUUCUGUGUUUUCAUCCUGUAUGCAAUUAAUAUAUGUUAUCCUGAACCUGAAUCCUAUCAGUGCAUUAUCAGCGUACUCUGUUACCUGUUUCACUGGCAUCAGCAAGUUUCUGUUUGGUUGCCAAAGUGAGGAUCAGUUGAUUCUCUGUUUCAUAACUACUGGUCACGACUCAAAAGCUGAAAAUUUAAACUGUUAAAAUCUUACGUGUUACAAAGAUGUCCUAUGAACCUUAAUGCACUCAGCAGUUUUUAGUCAAAAAUGUGUCUUUUUGUUUUUCACAAAACAGCCCCAAUUAAGCAACUCAUGCACCUCUGAUUGCACAUCAGAUAAUUGUUGUAUUUGUAACAUUCAUGGCAGCAUCCAUCUGUCACCAGCUUUUGAAAAUUGAAACCUUAUGCUCAAUAUGUAAGCAGUAUACAUUGUUAUUUAGAGUAGCUCUUUUAACUGUGAUCAUGAGAUGUCACUCAGAAGAGACUGCCACACAUUUUAGGUCACUUUUCAUCACUGUUCCACCUUAUUGUUGUUUUUGGUUUUUUUAACUUUUGAAAAUGAUUUUCUUUUACAGUAGUUUUAACUUUUUGUACUAAUCUGUUUAUGCAACUGUGUUUUGUUUUGUUUUCUCAAAGCCUUGUUCCUUUAUUUCUUUUAUCGACUCUUCUCAACUCUCAACAAUUCGAUGAGCUGAAUCCUUUGUGGUGCACAUGUCUAUAGAAACUUCCUACACCUCCUGUAGUGAAGUCAGCUCCUGUGCUCUCAGUUUUAUUCUUCAUAAGUUACUUUCGGUCAUCAUUUUGUCUAAAUAUGGCUCUAUAUGGCCAAAGAUUUCAGAGAGACCGCUGAAGCUAAAGCUAUGUAAUCGAGCCAUGUUUUGAUGUAACUGAUAUCUCUAUUGAGCAAAUGGAUCAACAUUUAAAAAAUGAAUAGCAGGGGUGGUUUGAUAGUAGUUUUCCUUGUCCCAGAAUAUUAACCUUUAUAGCCAUCUUUCCAGCCUACAGAGGCUGAGAGUACUCAAACGAUAGAUUUAAGUAUUGAUUAAUCAGUAAUACCUGAGAAGGGGAACACGACACCUGGGUCAGAUAUGUAAAUAGUUGUUAUUUUUAGGUUCUUUGUAGGAACAAACCAUAAUAAUGUAAUGUUAGUAUUUGACCCAGGUGUUGAAGCUCCAACUGCUGUGUCAGACGCCUCUGAUCAUGUUCACUCCUCGAGGUUUUGGUGUUAGUACAUGUAGGAUAUACAAAGAUUUAAGGUACUAUGCAAUACAAGCAUUUUCUAUGAUGGUGGAUGUUUAAGGAUGUCAUCGUGGAGGCACAACAACAGUGGUGAUGGUACCAGAGGACCAUGCUCAUUAGUCAUGACUCACAUGAUGUCCAGUCGAGUAAUGAUUUCUCCCCUCUGUAUAGAUGGAGUAAUGUAUCCACCAUAAGGUUAAUCGUGGUCCAGCAGAUGAAUCUUUUUGUCUUCUUUCACGGUGUUCGUCUUCGCAUUAAUGCAUUGAAGCACUUUUUCUUACUGCUCUACUGUAAAUAGAAAAAUUCUAAGUGUUUCUUCUGUACCAUGUCAUAUUAAUAAUACUGUAUGUGAAGGCCUUUACUUGCCUUUUUCUGUAUAACUUAUCAGCAUGAUUUUCAGCUGAAAAUAAAAUGAAUGCUAAAUAUGCACAAAA